AUGGCUGCUGGUUCUUACGGAGACAAGACCUUGCAAAACACACCUACAUGGGCUGUAGCGGCAGUUUGUGCAGUGUUUGUGGUCUUAUCUGUUCUAAUAGAACAUGGGAUUCAGUCGUUAGGAAAGUGGUUUCAAAAACGCCAUAAGAAGGCCAUGAGUGAAGCUUUGGAGAAAAUUAAAGCUGAAUUAAUGCUACUGGGCUUCAUAUCGUUGCUAAUUACUGUGGGUACAAGCGCUAUCUUAAAGAUAUGCAUCCCUGAGAAAUACGAAAAUGUCAUGCUUCCCUGCAAGUAUGAUUACGUUGGGGACAACUAUAAAGAUAAAAAUGGUGGUAAAGGAGGUGACGGCAAUGAUGGAGGUGAUCAUAAGAGGAAACUAUUUUCAUUUGCCGGAAAUGUAGCAAUUCACAGAGUUUUAGCGGCAGCUGGCGGCGGCGGCGGCGGCUAUUGCUCCAAGGGUAAAGUUUCAUUGAUUUCGCAAACAGGAGUGCACCAAUUGCACAUAUUUCUAUUUGUUCUUGCCAUUUUUCAUGUUCUUUACAGUGUCGUUACUAUGGCACUGGGGCAAGCAAAAAUGAAGAAAUGGAAGGCUUGGGAACUGGAGACUUCUUCAAUAGAGUACCAGUUUACAAACGAUCCAACAAGAUUCAGACUUGCUCGCCAGACCUCUUUCGUGAGGCGUCACUCUGGCAUCUCCACAGCUCCAGGAAUCAAAUGGAUUGUUGCGUUCUUCAGGCAAUUCACUGGUUCAGUAACGAAGGUGGAUUACAUGACUAUGCGACAUGGAUUUAUUAACGCGCAUUUUGCUCCAAAUAGCAAGUUUGAUUUCCACAGGUACAUCAAAAGAUGCAUGGAAGAUGACUUCAAGGUGGUUGUGGGCAUUAGCAUGCCACUGUGGGUUUUUGCCAUCCUCUUUUUGCUGUUGAAUGUCUACAGAUGGUACACGCUCACCUGGUUGACAGUUGUGCCUCUAGUUAUACUUCUUUUGGUGGGUACUAAACUUGAACUAGUUAUCAUGGAAAUGGCUCAAGAUAUCCAAGACAGAAGUCAUGUUGUUAGAGGAGUUCCAGUGGUUCAGCCUAACAACAAGUUCUUCUGGUUUAAUCGACCCCAUUGGAUUCUCCUCUUGAUACAUUACACACUGUUCCAGAAUGCGUUUCAAAUGGCAUUUUUCUUGUGGACAUGGUAUGAAUUCGGGAUCAGAUCUUGUUUCCAUGAAAACCUGGCCGUGAUUUUGACAAGGGUUUUCCUUGGAUUGAUCCUUCAGUUCGUGUGUAGCUAUAUAACAUUCCCUCUCUAUUCAUUGGUUACACAGAUGGGUUCUCACAUGAAGAAAGCAAUAUUUGAGGAACAAACAGCAAGAGCACUUAGAAAAUGGCAAAAGGCAGCAAAGCUAAGAAAGAAAUCAAGACAAUCAGGAGGUGAUCAAGGUGGUUCUAGUCCAGGGUUCAUGGGUCAAGGUGGUUCCAGUCCAGGGUUCAUGAGUGUUGAUUCCACUCCAAGCCGAGGUACAUCGCCUAUACAUUUGCUUCACAAGUACAGGCCCAGUCAACCGGAUGUCGAAAGUGUCAUUAGUUCGGCGAUGUCCUACGCAUCCGAUACUGAGCUCUCGGAGCUUGAUGCUUCCCCUCAUGAUAGGCGCGAGUCAAGAAAACAAGAUCACCAUCAAGAACAAAGUGAAGCCCAUAGUGCUGACUUUUCUUUUGUCAAACUUUGAUGGAUGCCUCUCCUUUUCCCUUUAUGAACCCUUGUUGUUUGUAUAGUUAACAUUAAGUCCACUUUAUUAUUAUUGUCCCCCGAUUUUUGAUCUAUCUAAUCUGUAAAUCGACUCCUGCUGAAUUAACCAUAGAUGUGAAACAUUGCAGGGGGGGGGAAAUAAUGGAGAGAUAGAUUUGUGUAUCAAGUUAAACAGAAGAUCGUCAAUAACAUGCCAAUUUAGUGAGAAA